CGCGGGGAGCUGCCUUUCCGCCCCUAUGCCUGCUCUCCAAGCCUGGGCUUUUAGGAGUGGCUGAAGCUGCGGAGCGCUUCAGGAGCCGGUGAAUGAACCCUCCUCCUCCUUCCUCCUCCUCCUCCUCCUCGCUGAGUCUCCUCCUCGGUGCUGACGGUACAGUGAUAUAAUGAUGAUGGGUGUCACAACCCGCAUUUGAACUUGCAGGCGAGCUGCCCCGAGCCUUUCUGGGAAAGAACUCCAGGCGAGCGGGCGCAACAGCCGCGAACAUUAGGUGCUGUGGACAGGAGCAGGGACCGGGAUCUGCGGUCAGCCCCGCAUCCUCCAGCACCAUCCCGCACCCUCCGCACCCUUCCCCGGGCCACCGCGCUUCCUAUGUGACCCGCCCCAGCAACGCCGAGCCCAUUCGUGCAGCGCUGAGGUGAAUUUUUCCCCCCAAACUGCCAUAAGCCGCCUUUCAAGGACAAGAUGUUGAUAACUAUAAAGAGCAUCUUAUGGAUGUGCUCUACCUUAAUAGCAGUUCAUGCGCUACAUAAAGUCAAAGUGGAAAAAAGCCCACCUGUCAAGGGCUCCCUCUCUGGAAAAGUCAACCUACCUUGUCAUUUUUCAACUAUGCCUACCUUACCACCCAGUUACAACACCACCAGUGAAUUUCUCCGAAUUAAAUGGUCUAAGAUUGAAUUGGACAAGAGUGGAAAAGAUUUAAAGGAGACUACUGUUCUUGUGGCCCAAAAUGGGAAUAUCAAGAUUGGUCAGGGCUACAAAGGGAGAGUGUCGGUGCCUACACAUCCGGAGGACGUGGGUGAUGCCUCACUCACCAUGGUCAAACUCCUUGCCAGUGAUGCAGGCCUUUACCGCUGUGAUGUCAUGUAUGGGAUAGAAGACACACAAGACUCCGUGUCACUGGCUGUGGAUGGAGUUGUGUUUCACUACAGGGCAGCGACGAGCAGGUACACUCUGAAUUUUGAGGCUGCGCAGAAGGCUUGUCUGGAUAUCGGAGCAGUCAUAGCAACCCCAGAGCAGCUCCAUGCCGCCUAUGAAGACGGAUUUGAGCAAUGUGAUGCAGGCUGGCUGUCUGAUCAGACUGUUAGAUAUCCCAUCCGGACUCCCCGAGAAGGCUGUUACGGAGAUAUGAUGGGGAAGGAAGGAGUCAGGACCUACGGAUUACGUGCUCCCCAUGAGACUUAUGAUGUGUAUUGUUACGUGGACCAUCUGGAUGGUGAUGUGUUCCACAUCACUGCUCCCAAUAAAUUCACCUUUGAGGAGGCUGAAGAAGAGUGUGAAAACCAGGAUGCCCGCCUGGCAACAGUGGGGGAACUCCAAGCAGCGUGGAGGAACGGCUUUGACCAGUGUGAUUACGGGUGGCUAUUGGAUGCCAGCGUUCGCCACCCUGUGACUGUGCCCAGGGCCCAGUGUGGAGGUGGUUUACUUGGGGUGAGAACCCUGUAUCGUUUUGAGAACCAGACAGGCUUCCCUCCCCCUGAUAGCAGAUUUGAUGCCUACUGCUAUAAACCUAAACAGAAUGUAUCAGAGGCUACAACCAUCGAACUGAAUAUGCUUGCAGAAACUGCCUCACCCACUUUAUCAGAAGAGCUUCAAACAGUACCCGACAGAACUACACCAAUCGUCCCUUUAAUCACCGAAUUACCUGUCAUUACAACAAAAUUCCCUCCUGUGGGAAAUAUAGUCAAUUUUGAACAGAAAACCACAGUUGAACCUCAAACUAUCCCACAGAGAUUAGCCACAGAAUCACUCACACCUACUGGGAGUACCAAGAAGCCUUGGGAUGUGGACUAUUACUUACCUUCAACUUCAGGACCUCUUGAAAAGCCAGACAUAUCUGAAAUUAAGGAAGAAGAGUCACCGAGUACAACUGUCAUCUCCCAUCAUGCUACAGAUUCAUGGGAGGGUGUCAAGGAAGACAUACAAAUUCGAGAAUCAGUUACGCAGAUUGAACAAAUAGAAGUAGGUCCCUUGGUAACAUCUAUGGAAAUCUCAAAGCAUAUUCCUUCCAAGGAAUUCUCUGUAACUGAAGCACCAUUUGUGUCUACAACAGUGACCCUGGAAUCCAAAACAAUAAGCACUGUCUCUGAAUCCGUGACCAAAAGCCGCUUUGGAUUCACUUUGGGAGAAGAUGAUAGUGAAGACAGAACAUCUACAGUUAGAUCUGGUCAGAGUACCUUGGUCUUUAGCCAAAUACCUGAGGUCAUCACAGUGUCAAAGACUUCAGAAGACACCACCCACACUCAACUAGAGGAUGUGGAGUCUGUCUCAGCUUCGACCAUUGUUUCACCUGUAACUAUGCCUGAGAGUGAUGGGUCACCCAUGGACAGCUGGGAAGAGAAACAAACUAAUGGUAGGAUAACUGAAGAUUUUCUUGGCCAGUAUAUGUCCACCACACCUUUCCCAUCAUGGCAUCAUACAGAAGUAGAAUUGUUUCCUUUCUCUGGUGAUAAAAGAUUAGUUGAGGGAACAUCCACAGUUAUUUAUCCCUCUCCACACACAGGAAGAGAAAGUAUAGAAACGCUAAGACCAGAGAUGAGAACCGUUACUUAUGCUGAUGAAGAAACACAGGAAAAGAUCACCAAAGAUUCAUUUAUAGAAAAAAUAGAAGAAGAAGGCUUUUCUGGAAUGAAAUUCUCAACAGCUUCCUCAGAGCAAGUUCAUCUUACAAAAUCUUCAGUGGAAAUGACAAAACCUUUUGACUCCCCAGCACUGACAACCACAAAGAUAGGUAUGGCACCAACAGAGGCAGCAGAUGGGGAUGAAGACUUUACAAUAAGUCCAAUUGGAUUAGAAACACAUGGCUAUCAAGAUACCACAAAGUACGAUGAGGGUAUUACAACAGUGCCUUUGACCCAAAGCACUUUAAAUGUGGAGGUGGUCACUGUAUCAAAAUGGUCACUAGGUGAAGAUAGCACAACAUCAAGGCCUUUAGGAUCCACAGAACAUAUGGGCUUCCCAGAAUUGCCCCCUGCCUUCCUCACCACUACAGGAGUGAGUGGAAGGGAUAAAGAAAUCCCAGGUUAUACUGAAGAUAGAAGAGAUGAAUUUACCCGGAUCCCAGGUAGUACUCCAAAGCCAUUAGAGGAGUUUACUAAGGAAGACACAACAGAUCUUGAAAAAUUUACACUUAAAUUUCAGCCAACUCCUUCAAUUGGUAUUACAGAAAAGUCAACUUUGAGAGAUUCUACAACUGAAGAAAGAAUUUUACCUAUCACAAGCACAGAAGGCCGAGUUGUUUAUGCAACCACAGAAGGAAGUGCUUUGGAUGAAGGAGAAGAUGUGGAUGUCUCUAAGCCUGUAUCUACUGUCCCCCAAUUUGCACACACUUCAGAUGUGGAAGGAUCAGCAUUUGUUAAUUACAGUAUUACCCCAGAGCCUACUACUUAUGUAGACACUUCCCAUACCAUUCCUCUUUCUGUUAUACCCAAGACAGAAUGGGGAGUGUUGGUACCUUCUAUUCCAUCAGAAGGUGAAGUUCUAGGUGAACCUUCCCGAGACAUACAUGUCAUUGAUCAAACUCACCUUGAAGCUACUAUUUCUUCUGAAACUAUAAGAACAACAGAAAUUACACAGGGAGAAACUCAGGAAGAAUUUCCUUGGGAAGAACAGACUCCAGAGAAACCGGUUUCUCCGCCCAGUCCUGACACAGCCAAGGAGACAACACCACCUUUGGAUGAACAUGAGAGUGAUGGGUCAGCAUAUACAGUCUCUGAAGACAGAUUGGUGACCAGUUCUGAGAGAGUCCCAGUUUUAGAAACAACUCCAUUUGGAAAAAUUGAGCAGAGUAUGUCUUAUCCCCCUGGUGCUGUCACUGAGCACAAAGCAAAAACAGAUGAAGUUGUAACACUAACACCAAGCAUGGGGCCUGAACAAAAAUAUGAAACAGAAGGUACCAGUCCAAGGGAAUUUGUAUCACCUUUUAGCACUGGCAUUACCCACCUUAUAAAGGAAACUGCUACUACUGAAAAAAGAGAGAAAACAUCCCUAGAUUAUAUGGAUUUAGGCUCAGGAUUAUUUGAAAAGCCCAAAGCUACAGAACUCCCAGAAUUUUCAACAACAGAAGCCACGGUUCCAAGUGAUAUCACUACUGCCUUCAGUUCAGCAGACAGACUUCACACAACUGCAGCAUCCACUGAGAAACCGCCUCUCAUUGACCGAGAACCUGGUGAAGAAACAACCAGAGAUAUGGUAAUCAUUGGAGAGUCAACAUCUCGUGUUCCUCCCACUACCCUUGAGGAUAUUGUAGCCAAGGAAACAGAAACAGAUAUCGAUAGAGAAUAUUUCACAACAUCAAGUACUCCUUCUACUACACAGCCAACAAGACCACCCACUGUGGAAGGCAAAGAAGCCUUCAGACCACAGGCAUUUUCCACUCCAGAACCCCCAGCAGGGACAAAAUUCCACCCUGACAUAAAUGUUUAUAUUAUUGAGGUCAUAGAAAACAAGACAGGUCGAAUGAGUGAUUUGAGUGUAAGUGGUCAUCCAAUAGAUUCAGACUCUAAAGAAGAUGAACCUUGUAGUGAAGAAACAGAUCCAGAGCAUGAUCUAAUUGCUGAAAUGUUGCCUGAGAUCAUUGAAAUCGGUAUAUACCACAGUGAGGAAGAUGAAGAGGAAGAUGAGGAGUGUGCCAAUGCCACUGAUGUCACGACUACCCCCUCAGUGCAGUACAUAAAUGGGAAGCAGCUAGUUACCACUGUGCCCAAGGACCCAGAAGCCGCAGAAGCUAGGCGUGGCCAGUUUGAAAGUGUUGCACCUUCUCAAAAUUUUUCAGACAGCGGUGAAAGUGAUAGUCAGCAGUUUGUAAUGGCCAAAACUGGCUUGUCUACUGCCAUGCAACCUAAUGAAUCUAAAGAAACAAUGGAAUCCCUUGAAAUUACAUGGAGACCCGAGAUUUACCGGGAAACACCAGAACAUUUUUCAAGCGGUGAGCCUGAUAUUUUCCCCACAGCCCCAGUCCACAAGGGAGAUGCCACAGAGGGGCCAGAAUCAAUCACAGAGACAAGCCCUGAACUUGGUGAUCUGAUGCAUGAGCACACUGAGUCUGUACCUCUGCUUCCUGAAGAGUCUUCAGGAGAUGCUGCCAUUGACCAAGAAUCUCAGAAAAUAGUCUUUUCAGGGGCUACGGAAGUAACAUUUGGUGAAGAGGCAGAAAAAAUAAUCUCUACCACAUAUACUCCAAGUACAGUUCCAAGUCCUAUAUCGGUAUAUGUUUCAGAGGAUGACUCAGUUACCUUGACAGGAAAUCCACAGCCUGAUGAGCCGAUGUCCACGAUAGAAAGCUGGGUGGGAAUGACCUCUAGACAAGUUGUAGAGUUCUCAGGGAGUCCUUCAAUCCCAAUUCUAGAAGCCUCUGGGGAAGCAGAAGAAGAUAAAGAUAAAAUGUUUGUCUUGGCCACUGGUUUAUCACAGAAAAAUACUACCGAUGCCCUCGUUACUUCAGACACUAGCAAGAUAAUGAUCACAGAAAGCCUUUUGCAUGUUCCUGCAACCACCUUGCAUUCAGUUUCUGAACCACCUUCUGCAGUAGUGCCUACCAACUUUGUAAGGGAAUCAGACACUUUUGAGGGGGUUUUUAGUACAUCUCUUGAGGGGAAGACAAGGGAAGAUGAGGAGAAGGGAACUACAGGUACAGCUUCUACAACUGAAGCACAUUCACCUACACAGAGAUCAGAUCAAUUAAUUUUACCCUCUGAAUUAGGAAACCCAAAUGAAGCUACAUCUGGUGAUUCAGCAUCUGCUGCCACGAAAAGUUUUACAUUCUUGACGACACCCACAGAGUCUGAAACGGAAAUGACAAGUUCUACUCUUGUCUUUGCAGAAACAAAUGUCUUAGAUAAUCUAGGGGAGCAGACCACAGAGCCCAGCAGUAGCGGUCAACCUGGGUUUGAGGAAGGGCUGUCCACUAUCCCCGGUAGCCCCAUCUCUCUCUUUAUGGAACAGGGCUCUGGAGAAGCUGCUGAUGACCUGGAAACUACCACCGUUUCUUCAUUUUCAUUCAUCGUAGAGCCUGAAAUUCAAACCAAAAAGGAAGCAGCUGGCACUUUGUCUCCACAUGUGGAAACUGUAUUGCCUUUUGAGCCAACUGGACUAGUUUGGAGCACUGCAACGGACACAGAGGUUGCUGAAAUUAUAAGCCAGACAUCCAAGGCAAACUUGAUUUCAGAGAUCUCAGGAGAACCAAGUCAAGGGGCAGAAAUAAAGGUCUUGUCUACAGGUUUUCCUAUGGAGGAAGAUUUCAGUGGUGACUUGAGUGAAUACUCAACAGUAUCUCAACCCAUAACAAAAGAAGAAACAGUAGGGCUGGAAGGCUCUGGGGAUGCAGCAUUUAAGGACACCCAGAUUUCACCAUCCAUAAUACCUCCUUCAGACCACACUAUUCAUGUAGCUGACUCAGAAGGACCUGACAGCACCUUGGUCAGCACUUCAGCCUUCCCUUGGGAAGAGUUCACAGCCUCAGCUGAGGGUUCAGGUGAGCAAUUGGUUGCAGUAAGCAGCUCUGUUGACCAAGUGUUUCCCAGUGCUGUGGGAAAUAUCUCUGGUACAGAUUCCCCAUUUACCGAUCAAGGACUGGGAGAAAAAGGUGCUAUCAAUGAAACUGAAGAAAGAGCCACCAUUUGGCCGACAGCAGAAGCCAGAUGUACUAAAGCUUCAACAGAAAAAGGGGAAGUGAUGGUGGAUGGCACAGUUUCAGUGGACUUCCCCCAGACCACGGAGCCAGACAAAUUAUGGCCCCGGCACGAAGUCAACCCUGUAACUCAAGGAAUUGAAAGUAAAAUAGUGUCAGAGGAAAAGAUUCAAGAACAAGGAUCUUUUGAGUCCCCUCAAAGCUCUUUAGCACCAGAACAAACAAUUUUCGAUUCACAAACCUUUCCUGAAACUCACCUCCGAACCACAGAUGAUUCUGUACUGACAACAGAGAAAACUUAUGGUACUGAUGAGGAAAUGGAGGAAGGCAUUCCUUUAGUUGAUGUGUUCACUCCAAAUCUAGAUUCAAAGGGCUUGGAAUUGUAUACUGUUCUCCCUGAAGUUACUGAAAAAUCCCAUUUUUCCUUAGCUACUCCCUCAGUGACUGAAUCAGUCCCAGCUGAAAGUGUAAUUACAGACUCAACAACCAAAGAGCCAGAAAGUGUAAAACCCAUUCCCAAAGUUAUGAGACCAGUAAUAAAAGAGUCGGAUACUGAUCUUUUAUUCUCUGGACUGGGAUCAGGAGAAGAAGUUGUGCCUGCUACAGUAUCAGUGAAUUUGACUGAAAUGGAACAAGUCAUUAGCACAUUGUCUCCCCAGACUUCUCAAGGGCAAACUUUAGAAACCAGUAUCUUAAACGAUACAACUGAAGACCAUGAGGGAAUGGAAUAUGUGACAAAGGAACUUAGACCACUUGUUUCCAAAACAGACAGCAUUUUUGAAGAUAGUGAGACAGCAUCCGGCACACCCUCACUAGAAAUUUUAAGUGACAACAGAACAGAAGGACCCUCAGUGGCACCUCUCACUUUCUCUACACACACUGAACAUCCUCAAAAUCAGACACACAGUUGGGCAGAAGAAAUCCAGACUAGUGGACCACAGCCUAUGACGGAUCAAGUCUCCAAUGAGGAUUCUUCAACAGAAGAAAUGAAAGAAACCGCAACCCCUUCCACUGAUUUUCUGGCUAGAACUUAUGGACUUGAAAUGGCGAAAGGAUUUGUUACAUCAACACCAAAACCAUCUGACUUGUUUUAUGAACAUUCUGGAGAAGGAUCUGGGGAAUUGGAUAUGGUGGAUUUAGUCCACACUUCUGGAACUACUCAGGCAACUAGGCAAGAAAGUGCCACAUUUGUUUCUGAUAGAUCCCUGGACAAACAUCCUGAGGUUCCGAGUGCUGAAGCUGUUACUGUUGAUGGAUUCCCAACAGUUUCAGCGGUGCUGCCUCUUCACUCAGAGCAGAAUGAAAGCUCCCCUGAUCCAGUUAGCAUGCUAUCAAGUACCACGUCAUAUGAGAGGUCCACAGAAGAUGCAACAGAUAGUGUCCAAGACCAUUUUGGGGGAUUUGAGGAUUCCACCUUAAAACCUGACAGAAGGAAAGCCACUGAAAAUAUUAUCAUAGAUCUGGACAAAGAGGACAAAGAUUUAAUAUUGACAAUUACAGAGAGUACCAUGCUUGAAAUUCUACCUGAGCUGACAUCAGAUAAAAAUACUAUCAUAGAUAUUGAUCACACUAAACCUAUAUAUGAAGAUAUCCUUGGAAUGCAGACAGAUGGAGAUCCCGAGUUAUCCUCAGGACCACAUGGCAGUAAUGAAGACAGUACUCAGGUUCAAGAGAAGUAUGAGGCACCUGUUAACCUCUCUUUAGCGGAGGAAAACUUUGAGGCCUCUGGUGAUACUCUUCUGGCUAACUACACUCAGGCAACACACAACGAAUCAAUGACUUCUGAACACACAAGUCACUUAGAUCACGUGAGCUCUGUCUUCACAACUGGGAUCCCCUUCCUUAGCACAGAAACCGAAGGUGAUAUCUUGCUUCCCACAGCAACAUCCCUGCCCAUUCCUAGUAAGUCUGCCACAGUUACUCCAGAGACUGGAGAACCAAAAAUUGAAGCCAAAUCCCUGGAUGACACCUUUGAAUCAAGCACUUUGUCUGAUGGUCAAGCAAUUGCAGACCAGAGUGAAAUAAUAUCCACGGUGGGCCCUUUGGAAAGGACACAAGAUGAGGAUGAAGAAAAGAAAUAUGUGGGUCCUUCCUUUCAGCCAGAAUUCUCUUCAGGGGCUGAGGAGGCACUGAUAAAUCCUACCCAGUACGUAAGUGUGGGUACUACUUACCUGAUGGCUCAGAGUUUAACAGAGGUACCUGAUGGGCUGGAAGGACACAGUCCCCCAGAUUCCACUGAUCCUUCAGCAGUUUCAGCUUUUGCAAGGCUGUCCUCUCAGACACCACCAUCCCCUCCAUUCACUGUCUACAUAGGCAGCGGAGUCUCUGAAUAUUCAGAGGGUCCCCAGCCAGGUGUUCUGCCAAGUACGGAUGCCAGCACAUCUCGAACACCUCCAGGAAGACUUGCGGGUAUUGAAACGACUUCCCAACCCUCAAGUGAAGAGUACUUUCAUAUGACUGAGCUCCCAUCCUUAUCACCUAACUCAGAAUUAGAGCCUUCAGAAGAUGAAAGUAAACCUAAAUCAUUAGAGCAGCUGGAAGCUUCUGCCACAGAACUAAUUCCUCAAGAAGAAAUUGAGAUUCCCCGAGAUUCCCCAAACAAAACCAGUGUUCACCUUUCUGGAGAAACAAUCAAGGUAUUUACCAGUAUCAAAACACCUGAGGCUGGGACUGUUGUCACAGCUGCAGGUGAAAUUAAGUUAGAAGGUGCUACACUGUGGCCACAUUCUACUUCUGCUUCUGUGAUUUAUGGGGUUGAGGCAGGUGUGGUGCCUCAGCCCAGCCCACAGACUUCUGAGAGGCCCACCAUCCCUUCUUCUCUGCAAAGAAAUCCUGAAACACAAGCAGCUUUGAUCGGAGGGGAGGAUUCCACAGUAGCAGCACCAGGACAGCAAGUAUCAGCGAGAAUUGUUGAUUCUAAUAAUCAGGCAACACUAAGCACCGCAGAGUUAAAUACUGAGCUUGCAACACCGACAUUUCCCCUUCCGGAAACGUCUAAUGAAACCAGUUUCCUGAUUGGCAUUAAUGAAGAGUCAGUGGAAGGCACAGCAAUCUAUUUACCAGGACCCGAUCGUUGCAAAACCAACCCGUGCCUUAACGGGGGCACCUGUUACCCUACUGAAACGUCCUAUGUGUGCACCUGCGUGCCAGGAUACAGUGGCGACCAAUGUGAACUUGAUUUUGAUGAAUGUCACUCUAACCCCUGUCGCAACGGAGCCACAUGCGUUGACGGUUUUAAUACCUUUAGGUGUCUCUGCCUCCCGAGCUAUGUAGGUGCGCUUUGUGAGCAAGACACGGAGACAUGUGACUAUGGCUGGCACAAAUUUCAAGGGCAGUGCUACAAGUACUUCGCCCACCGACGUACGUGGGAUGCAGCUGAACGGGAGUGCCGUCUUCAGGGUGCCCAUCUCACCAGCAUUCUGUCUCAUGAGGAACAAAUGUUUGUGAAUCGUGUGGGCCAUGAUUAUCAGUGGAUUGGUCUCAAUGACAAGAUGUUUGAGCAUGACUUCCGUUGGACCGAUGGCAGCACACUGCAAUAUGAGAACUGGAGGCCCAACCAGCCAGACAGCUUCUUUUCUUCUGGAGAAGACUGCGUUGUGAUCAUAUGGCAUGAGAAUGGCCAGUGGAAUGAUGUUCCCUGCAAUUACCAUCUCACCUACACCUGCAAGAAAGGAACAGUUGCUUGCGGCCAGCCCCCUGUUGUAGAAAAUGCCAAGACCUUUGGAAAGAUGAAACCUCGUUAUGAAAUCAACUCCCUGAUUAGAUAUCACUGCAAAGAUGGUUUCAUUCAACGCCACCCUCCAACUAUCCGUUGCCUAGGAAAUGGAAGAUGGGCUAUGCCUAAAAUUACCUGCCUGAACCCAUCCGCAUACCAAAGGACUUAUUCUAAGAAAUACUUUAAAAAUUCCUCAUCAGCAAAGGACAAUUCAAUAAACACAUCCAAACAUGAUCACCGUUGGAGUCGGAGGUGGCAAGAGUCAAGGCGCUGAUCCCUAAAAAUGGCGAACAUGUGUUUUCAUCAUUUCAGCCAAAGUCCUAACUUCCUGUGCCUUUCCUAUCACCUCGAGAAGUAUUAUCAGUUGGUUUGGAUUUUUGGAUCACCGUCCAGUCACUUUGGGUUGCUGCGCUCCCAAAACAUUUUAAGUGAAAGUAUUGGCAUUCAAAAACAAAGAAAACAAAAAUGAAAGCACAUGAGGGCAGACAGUAACCAUUUCCAGCCUAUCUAAUGUCUUUAGUUUUCUAUUUGCCUCCAGUGCAGACCAUUUUAUAAUGUAUAACCAGCCUCCUGUACUAUUUAAAAAGCUCCAUUUCAGCACCAAUGGCAAUGUAAAUAAGAUGAUUUAAUGUUGAUUUUAAUCCUGUAUAUAAAAUAAAAAGUCACACUGAGUUCCGGCAUAUUUAAUGAUGAUUAUGGAGCCUUAGAGGUCUUUAAUCAUUGGUUCGGCUGCUUUUUUCGUAGUUUGUUUAGGCUGGAAAUGGUUUCACUUGCUCUUUGUCAGCAGGACUUAGGAUGGCUUUUCCUGGACAACUAACAAACACACAGUUUAGUAGGUCUCUGCACCGUCUCCAACACAGGCGCAGUUGGCUUCCACGUGAUGCCGAAGCCUGGCUAAUGGGAUCCCAAUGGAACUAAAGACUGCAAUGUGGAACUCUUUUUUGCUGCAUUCCUUUUUCUUCACUUACAAGAAAGGCCUGGAUGGAGGACUUUUCUAUGACCAGGAGCAUUUUUUUAGGGGUCAAAGUGCUAAUUAUUAACUCAACCAGGUCUCCUUUUUAAUGGCUUUCGUAACACUAACCUGCAGGAUUACAGAACAACACAUUUCCAAUGGAUAUAGACCUAGGGCUCGGGAGGGAAGGGGAUUGUUAAAACAACAACACACAUUCAAAGAAAGAAAUUUUGUAUAUAUAACCAUUUUAAUCUUUUAUAAAGUUUUGAAUGUUCAUGUAUGAAUGCUGCAGCUGUGAAGCAUACAUAAAUAAAUGAAGUAAGCCAUACUGAUUUAAUUUAUUGGAUGUUAUUUUCCCCAAACCUGCAAAUUGACCUAGUAUGCUAGUUAUUUUUCAGUGUUAGCCUUUAUACUCCCUCACACAGUUUGGAACCAUAUAAUCUAGAUACUCUGUCCCUGAUUAAACAAUGUGGUGGAUAGAAUACAUCAAGUGUUUAUGAUAAAAAGAGUGGAAAAGUGUAUAGCUUUCAGCAAUUGGUGUUUGCCCAUUCUAAGCAAGGUGCUUAUAUACAUAAAUAGUGUGGGCAUUUCUUCCUAUUAGGUGGAGUGUAUGUUUUGAAAUUUCUCCCUAUCUCUUCCUACUCUGUUUUUGCCCUUUAAUUUGAAUAAAGUGACUGCUGAAGAUGA